CACCAGCCCGUCCUCCGCGUGGAUGAAGCCAGGCCUCUCCCCUGGCGCCGUGGGGAAGACGUGUCUGCUGAUCAGCUACACCACCAACGCCUUCCCCGGAGAGUACAUCCCCACCGUCUUUGACAACUACUCGGCCAACGUGAUGGUGGACGGGAAGCCGGUCAACCUGGGGCUGUGGGACACAGCAGGCCAGGAGGACUACGACCGGCUGCGACCGCUUUCCUACCCCCAGACCGACGUCUUUCUGAUCUGCUUCUCCCUGGUGAGCCCGGCCUCCUUUGAGAACGUCCGUGCCAAGUGGUACCCGGAGGUGCGGCACCACUGCCCCCACACGCCCAUCCUCCUGGUGGGCACCAAGUUGGACCUCCGGGACGACAAGGACACCAUCGAGCGGCUGCGGGACAAGAAGCUGGCGCCCAUCACCUACCCACAGGGCCUGGCUAUGGCUCGGGAGAUUGGCUCCGUCAAGUACCUCGAGUGCUCUGCAUUGACCCAGCGGGGCCUGAAGACGGUAUUCGACGAAGCCAUCCGGGCCGUGCUCUGCCCGCCCCCCGUGAAGAAGCCGGGGAAGAAGUGCACGGUCUUCUAGAACCCACCUUGGCCGGGGCGGCGAGGAGCAGCCCUUCUGGCCAGUGUCU